AACAGUGUCUCUCUAUAUAGUGCACACUAAUAAGGGAGUAGGGAGCCUUUUCGGUUAGAGAUGUGUUCACACGUGAUUGCUUUGCGCAUGCGUAUUGGGGCUGGAGCAGAGGACGGCACUUGUGUAGUAGCGUGCUGUGCUGCAUAGUAGUGGUGGUGUAUCUGGAUCUGGUUGUGUGUUGUGCUGGUUCUCCUGCUUUCUCCGGUGGUUCCCCGGGUGUUCUCUCCGCGUCCGCGCGCUCUUCUCUCCGCUCAGUAUGGAUGAUCCGGUUAAAUCGAUGUGUGAACAGCUUAUUAAGGCUGUGAACGUGAUGAUGGACCCGGACUCCUCGCACCAGUAUCGCCAGGAGGCCCUGAAGUUCUGUGAGGAUUUUAAGGAGAAGUGUCCGUUCUGUGUGCCGUGUGCUCUUCAGCUGGCUGAUAAAUCCCAGACGCCGGUGGUGAGACACUUCGGUCUGCAGACGCUGGAACACGUGAUAAAGUUCCAGUGGAACAACAUGCCUCAACAGGACAAGGUCCAUCUGAAGAACUGCUCCAUGGAGCUGCUGUCAUGCGGAACCUACCCCAUCCUGGAGGAGGAGAGUCAUAUUAAAGACGCUCUCUCGCGGAUCGUGGGGGAGAUGAUAAAGAGGGAGUGGCCUCAGCAGUGGCCUGAUAUGCUGACGGAGAUGGAAACGCUCACUUCAUACGGGGAGACACAGACGGAGCUGGUGAUGCUGAUUCUCCUGCGAUUGGCUGAAGAUGUGAUAACGUUCCAGACUCUGCCCACGCAGCGACGGAGGGACAUCCAGCAGACUCUCACGCAGAACAUGGGAAACAUCUUCACCUUCCUCCUCGCCAUCCUGCAGCAGCAGGUGGACGCGUACCGCAGACUGAAAGUAGUUCCAGGUCAGGAUGUAAAGGCCAGAGCUCACUGUCGGGUUGCCAUCACCACGUUAAACACCCUGGCGGGCUACAUCGACUGGGUGGCGCUGUUCCACAUCACUAAUGAGAACUGCCAGCUGCUGGAGAUCCUGUGUCUGCUGCUAAGCGAGGCGGAGCUGCAGCUGGAGGCGGCCGAGUGUCUGCUCAUCGCCGUCAGCAGGAAGGGGAAGCUGGAGGAGAGGAAGCCCCUCAUGGUUCUGUUUGAAGACGUGGCCAUGCACUACAUCCUGUCUGCUGCUCAAUCUGCAGAUGGUGCUAAAACUAAUGGUGAUCAACCAGCAGGAUCAGGACUGGAUGAGAAGAAGUAUAUUUUCCUGAAGAGGCUGUGUCAGGUUCUCUGUGCACUCGGAGGGCAGCUCUGUGCUCUAGUGGGUUCGGCUGUAGAAACCAAGGUUCCUGCAAACCUGAAUAAAUAUAUGGAAGCUUUCCUUGCCUUCACCACUCAUCCCAGCCAGUUCCUGAGAUCUUCCACGCUGACCACCUGGGCGAGCAUCUUCAGACACGAGGUCUUAUCUAAGGACCCGACGCUGGUGCAGAUGUCCGCUAAAUACAUGAAGACGACCAUGACCAACCUGGUGAAGACUGGAUUCCCGUCUAAAAACGAUAACCCGUCUUGUGAAUACUCCCGCGUGGACUUUGAUUGUGACGAGGACUUUAUUACCUUCUUCAACGCGUUUAAGGCCCAGCAGGGAGAAGUUGUUCGUCAGGCCUGUAAGAUCGCUCCGUUUGAAGCGUUUCAGAUCGCCGCAGAAUGGUUACAGUACCAGAUCAGCGCUCCCAUCGAUGCUGGAAACGCCCCCGCUAAAGCAGACGGGCUGUGUACGGUGUUGUCGCCCUCGGUGGUCCAAUGGGAGGCCAUGACCUUCUUUUUGGAGAGUGUGAUUGGUCAGCUCUUUAAAGUUCUGGAGAAAGAGAAGCUUCCUGUGGAGCAGGGCAUGGAGCUCCUACAGGCCGUAAUGAAGUACGAGACCCGAGACCCGCUCAUACUGUCCUGCAUCCUCAGCAGCCUCUCCGCCCUCUUUCCCUUCGUCUUAGAUCGACCAGAGUUCCUGCCGCAGGUGUUCUUUAAGAUGUUUCCCGCCAUCACGUUUGAAUUGGCUGAAGGAAGUAAGGCUCCUCGAACCCGAUCUGUGAAGAACGUCAGACGACACGCCUGCUCCUCCGUCAUCAAAAUGUGCAGAAUGUACCCGGAGUACAUACUACCGUACUUUGACAUGCUCUACACCCAAGUGAAGGAUCUGUUUGUGAAUGAGAUGCUGCUGACGCAGAUGGAGAAGUGUGCGAUGGUGGAGGCUCUGGUUCUGCUCAGUAAUCAGUUUAAGGACUAUGAGAAGCAGAGGGUGUUUUUGGAGGAGCUCAUGGCUCCGGUCUCGGCCCGCUGGCUCUCCGAGGAACUGCACAGUAUAUUGUGGGAUCCUGUUAGUUUCUUGUCGUUCGUUGGCGCGGACCGAGUCGUCACAGAUCCCAGUGAUGAAGAUCUGAUGGGACUCAACAGAUCCAGGAUCAGUUUUUGCGUGUACACCAUCCUCGGAGUGGUGAAGCGAGCGCGCUGGCCCGAUGAUUUAGAGGAGGCCAAAGCUGGAGGCUUUGUGGUGGGCUACACUUCCACUGGAGCCCCCAUCUACAGGAACCCCUGCAAAGACCCGGUGCUCGCCCUGCUGCCAAACCUACUCGCCUUCAUGAGGACUCUAAACAGCUUGUUCCUUCCGGAGAACGUGGCUCGACUCAGUGAGACCUUUAGUCGGGCGUAUGAGGUCCUGGACGUGGAGAAGAAUCUAAUUUUGUCAAUUUCUCAGCCUACCGUGGACGUGUACGACACUCCGGUGUACAAAAGCUCAGUGGAGCGUCUGCAGGGCUUCUUCUGCGCUCUGUAUGAUAACAGUUAUCAUAUCAUAGGGCAUUCUGGGACGGCGUUGCAGCAGGAUUUCUACACUAUUGAUGGUCUUGCGGAAAAGUUAGUGAGCUCAACCCUCGUCCACCUGGAACACGUUCCUUACCAUCGACUCCGCCCCCUACUCCGGAUGUUCAUGAAGCCUCUGGUGACGUCCUGUCCUCCAGAGUACUACGCCGGUGUGAUCUGUCCUGUACUGGGCGUCCUGUUUACUCACCUGCUUCAGAGACUGAUCUCCCGGUGGCAGGUCAUCAACCAAAGAACCGCUGAAUUUGGUCCAGAGGAUGAAGAUGAGUGCAGUGAGGAGAGUCAGGUGACUCAGGAGAUGCUGGAGGAUCAGCUGGUGCGAUUGGCUACCAGAGAGGUCAUGGAUCUGCUCUACGUGUCGUGCAUAUCAAGAAAGUGUCCAGAAGCAGCUGGAAACAAGGAGGAUGCAGAUGGAGAUGAGGAGAUGAUGGCCACGGAUUCUUCUCAUCUUAAUGCGCCCCAGACCUCAGAUGAGCUCACAGAACUUGGCAAAUGUAUUCUAAAAAACGAGGACAUGUACAUGACUCUCCUGACCCUGUCCUUCCACUCCCUGUCCUGGAGGGACACCGCUAACUGUCAACGGGUGGCUUCUCAGUUCUGCUGGGCUUUGCUAAGACAGGUAAUUUGGAGGAGUCUGGUACCGGAGGCGGUGACGUGGGUCUACGUCAGCGUGCUGAAAGCUCUGCAGAUGCACGGUCAGCAUGACGGCUGUAAUGCUGCGCUAACCCAGCUAGCCUUGCUCAUCUACGACGCUCUGCGGCCUCGAUACGCAGAGCUGCGCACCGUCAUGAACCAGAUUCCCAACAUCCACCCGGAGCAGAUGGAGCAGUUUGACCAGAGGACUCUGAACCCUACACUGCAGAAGAUCGGAGAAAAGAAGAGGAAAGACCAGUUUAAGAAGCUCAUUGCUGGAACUGUGGGGAAACCCCUGGGGCAGCAGUUUAAGAAGGAGGUCCACUUCCGGAACCUUCCAUCACUGUUUAAGAAGGUGAAACCUUCAAAAGACAUUGUGGCCAAUAGUGAAAAUUCUGGAUUAGUGAGUCUGUUCACACCUGAACACGAAGAAAACUAAUUAAAAAAAAACACUGACACUCACCUGUUACAGAUCAGCAUCUCCUCUCACUGAUGUCUUUUUUUUUGUUUGUUUUUGUUUUUUAUUUAAAUUUUCGGAUUUGUUAAAUUGUUAAAGCAGGGUUCUACAGUGGAUGUGUUUUUCUACAUUGUGCCAUUUUUAAAAAAUGAAAAUAAAGAAGCCAAACGACUGAAAAGGAGCUAUAAAGCGUAUCUAAAGUGGGUCGUGGAUUUUGUCUUGUGUUAUAGACUGAAUGAAGCCCCAGCACUACAUUCCAUCUCCCACCGUUAACUUGGUGGAUAUAACGAAACUUAUUAUUUUUUAUUUUUUUUUGUUCAACGUCAGCUUGAGAUAAAAACACUAAUCGGUAUGAAUUUUGUGUACAGAAGACAGUAUGUAGAAAGUGUCGUGCUAUUUUGCUGUUUUUAAUAAACGUACACUGAGUGGUCA